GGAGCCGCGCUUGGCAGAGCCAGCCCGCCGCUGCUCUAACUCCGGGUACCCGGGAAGCUGUCGUAGCUCAUGGAGGGCUGGGCUAGGAGCUCCCUAUGGGGGGCAAGGCGGCUGUGGGCUCCCCACGCCCACAUGACGCGAAGCCGGGUGGUCUGUGGGCGCCCCUUGAAUCUCUGGCCGUCAUCGGGUAAUCGCAGAAGUCAACUUCAUCAGAUAUUUCAAGAAUCCUUUUGUAUUAAAAUUCAGUUAAACUAUGGUGCACUUGUAAAUUUGACUAAAGUGAGAAACAAAAUAAAAUUUACAGGUCAACCAUACAGCACUUCGCAAACAGUAGAUCCAGAAGAACUUAGAAAAUUCCAACGGCUGGCACACAAAUGGUGGAAUGAGGAUGGAGAAUAUGCAGCCUUGCAUUCUAUGAAUGAUAUCAGAGUUCCUUUUAUUAGAGAUACUAUGUUGAAUCUGAAAAAUGACCAUGAGCUAGGAAGCCCACUCUUUAGCAUGAAGAUCCUAGAUGUUGGCUGUGGUGGUGGACUACUUACUGAGCCCCUAGCUAGACUGGGAGCUUCAGUUACUGGAAUUGAUCCUUUGGAAGACAACAUCCGGACAGCAGAACUGCAUAAAUCAUAUGAUCCAGUCCUUACCAAAAGGAUUCAGUACAGAGCCUGUACACUGGAGGAUAUUGUGGAAGAGGGAUCAGAAAAAUUUGACAUAGUUGUUGCCUCUGAAGUAGUAGAACAUGUGGCUGACGUUGAAAAGUUCAUCAAAUGCUUUGGUGAAGUAUUAAAACCCGAAGGUUCCCUCUUUAUUACUACGCUGAACAAAACUCAGCUCUCCUAUGUUUUUGGCAUUAUUGUUGCUGAGAAAUUACUGGGCCUUGUUCCGGUAGGCACUCAUGACUGGGAGAAAUUCAUAUCACCUGAAGAGUUAGAGCGUCUUCUGGAAUCAAAUGGUUUUUCAGUUAAGGUGGUCAAAGGCAUGUUAUACAACCCCCUUUUUGGAUCCUGGAGUUGGACUGGAAACACUAGCAUUAACUAUGCACUCCAUGCAAUUAAAUCAAGCAUGCAAGAAGAACUGGAUCUGAAGGAAGCCUCCACAGAGCAUCAACAAGCAGAAGCUAACAUCAGAACUGCUAGCUAAGACAAAGUCCAUAGUUGCUACAGAAGCACGGAAGAAGAUGUGAUAAAUAGUUGUAAUAAAUCAGAAAGGGGCAAGCAACCUUGUUUUCAAAGUGUUGGUAAAAGGAUUUGCUGCCAUCUCAGCAUACAUGGUAGAGGAAUUAUAGUAUCAGAUAUUUGUGGAUAAACAUUCUGUACAAUUUGCUGGAAGUCUGAAAUAAUUGUCAGAAUUAUUGCUUUUAUUGUAAAAGCAUUUGUAAAAUCAUUACUCAAAUUCAACAGGUGGCCUAUUUUUAAAUGUAAAAUCAUAUACAUCGCUAACUUGGUUUUUUUCCCCCCAGGGUUAACUUCGUCUGAGCAUGAUGUUACAGUGUUCUGACCUAGGCUUCCUGAGUCAGUAAAACACAUGAGUAGUCCCAUAACCCUCUUUUAUUGCAACAGCUGUGAAUUCUGUUUAUUCACAGAUGAGUCCCUAAUAGUUGUAAAGAGUCCUUUGGGAUAAGGCUGAUAAUCACCCACCUUUAUUUCCCUUGACACGCUGCCAAAGACCUAAUUGGCAAAGCCACACGGAGUCCAGAAUCAAAAAGAGCUUCAGAUUUUAAACUGAACAGAAUUAAUAACGUUGCUUCCUGCAAAGACCCACAUGCCUUUGCUCCUCUUUUAAGACUUAUGGGAGGGGCCAAUCAUCUCCAAGCCCUACUCUCUAGGCGUCCCUUUUGUUUUAACUGUUCUUGCCUUUUGGCAGCUCUGCGCAUGCGCACACUGUUCCUCUGCCUCGCUGAGGUCCAACUCUGGAGGCUCCGGAGGCAGCACAUACCUCCCAGAUGGCCCUUUCUCUGCCUUCGACACAGAGCCCUCGUCCAAACCUUCCCCAGACUCCAGGACUGGCCCAUGUUCCUCCCCACCCUCCAACUCUGCUGCCAGCUCUGCAGGCCGCUGGUGGACCACAACAUACAGCUCUAAAGAGAGUGAGGCCAAAUUCUAUGUAAAGACCAAUUUUUUUGAGCCUAGAAUUCGUAACUGGAAGUUCCAAGUUACCCAUUUAUUCAGAUACUAUAGGGCACGGGUGUCAAGCUCAUUGCGUCACGUUGCCAUCAUGUGAUAUAUCGUGAUGUUUUUUUCUUUUUCUGGAGCUGGAGUGGGCGUGGCCUGCAUGUGACGCAUCUAGCCCGUGGGCUGCCAGUUUGACACCCCUGCUAUAGGGCCACCAAAUCAAAUUCAAAAAUUCAGAUGACCACUAGAGGGCAGAAAACAUAUGCAAAAAAUUAACUCUCUGCUGCUGUCUAAUGGCUAUCUGGAAUUUGAAGCCCAAAUCUGGUAAUGCUAAUUGCCAAGCCUCACCUGCCCUUUGUAUCCUCCCCCCUCAAAAGCUCUUUUAAUUAAAAAAGAGUGACAUUGAAAUGCUGCAGAAAGCAUCUUGUCCGUACCAUCAUCUUUAUUUCUAAAAAUGCAGUGGGAACCAAACAGGUUUCAUGCACUUAUUUAGUAAUAAAAAUAGCGGGCCGAUGUAGACAUCAAAAAAAAAAAAAAAAAAAAAGAACUGAAAUAAAUAGCAGUAGUAUGGAAUCUCCUUUAUGUGUGGGGAGAUAAAUGGGUGGCCUGCUAAUUUGGUGCUUUGUUGCUGAGUUCAUAUGUAUGGAUUUGUGGAUAAAUCUCACAGAAGUCAGUUGCAGAAGUGCCCAUGACAGGUUGUUGAAGUUUAAAAUGUAUGUGCUGCCUGGAAUGCUUUAGGGACAAAUUGUCACUAGCUGGUACAUUGAAUGAUACAAUGGUUUUUAAAGAGGUUUUAUGAAAUAAAUAAAAUUUGAGUUCACAUACCAUGUAAGACAAAAUACAAAGAUAACAUGGUUUAGUGUGAUGUAUGAGUCUGA